CUCUCUGAGACUCCACUGUUGGAUUGAUGAUGGCACAUCGGCAUCUACCCACGAUUCCUGCAAAGAAGAUAAUGCAGACCCACCGAACAAACCCCAUAAAACACCAAAAAGAGAGGAAAACAAAUAGAAAAAAUUAGAAAAGACACUUCCUCUACUGUUUCAAAUCCUAAGGAGGAAAAAGAAAAAGAAAAAUAAAACUUACCCACAAAAUCUAUUCUAUUCCCUGCAAUAACUCAAGUCUCUCCCGUCUCCCUCUCAUCUCUAUAGAAAUUGAUUUCUCACGUUCCAUAGCCCAUUAUUCCUAUUACUCUCUCAACUUCUCCUUCCCAUUGAUCCAGAAAAACGCGUAUUUUCUUUCUCUUUCCCUCUCAGCGACUGUGUAGGAAUCAUGCCUGUUAUUGCAGAGGCCUCUUCAGGGGCAGAGCAAAUGAAAUAUAGGAAACCCAGAAGCCAAUUCCACCAUCCCAUUUCGGAGAUGGAUCCUCCCAUUCAAGACUCGCAAAUCCCUUCCAUUAUCCAAUCCAUUGGCUCCAAAUCUACCAUCUCCUCCCUCCUCCUCUCCAGCCCCGCCGCCACCACAAGCGAAACCACACCCACCACGAAUAGCAACAGCAAGAAAAAGAAGAACUUUUCCUCAGCAACGUUUAUGGGCAUGGGGUGCAAAGCCUCGGCGUCUCAUCAGGUGUCGGUUCCAGCGAUGAUUCGGGGCUCCGCGGACUGGGAGGGUAAGAAGAGCAGGAAGAAGAAGAGGAACAAAAGUAAGGACAAGGACAGUAAUAAGAGCCAUCAGGGAGGUGUGUUGGAUGGGUCUAAUUCUAUAAAUUGUAUGGAUGCGCAAGAUGUUUGGUGUGGACCCGGGAUUGGGUUUUCGGCGGAGGAUUGCGCGGUGGCGCGGAGGAACGCUUCCUCUGGGAGAGGCAAGAUUGAUGGGGAGAAGAUGACUCAUAGGGAGCGUCCCUAUUUAUCAAGGCGAGCAGUGAUCCCUGAACCUAUAUCAUUUCUGGAUUCUGACCCUGACUACAUCUCUACACUCCCCAGAUCGGAGGUAUAUGGAACUAGGUAUUACCGCCAUGCUCGUCACCCUUCUCCCGAUGGCCUUGCUGAGAUUAUGAUGCUCCAGAAUAGUCUACUAAUGGGGGGAAGAUUAGAUGCACAUGAUCGAUAUAGAGAUUGGAGACUUGAUGUGGAUACUAUGUCAUAUGAGGAAUUGCUCGAGCUUGGUGAGAGAAUUGGUCAUGUGAGCACUGGGUUGAAAGAAGAAGAAAUAGGCCGUUGCCUCAGGAAAAUUAAACUCUCACUUGCAAAUGAUCUGUCACCACAUUUGUCUAAGCAAGCAGAGAGGAAGUGCUGCAUUUGCCAGGAGGAAUAUGAAGCAGAUGAUGAGAUGGGCAAACUGGAUUGUGGACACAGCUACCAUAUACAAUGUAUAAAACAGUGGCUCACACAGAAAAAAGCUUGCCCUGUCUGCAAGGCUGAAGUGCUUGCUUGAUGCUAAGAUUGGUGGCAGGCAUUUUUGGGGCGUCUUCACUGCUGGUCUUUGUCGGACACUGCUUUUCUUUUACCCAUUUACUCUAUGUAUAGAUUUCAUUUCAUCCAAUACAUGGUCAAGAAAUGAUUCUUUGGUGUGAAGCUUCAGCCCAUCUUUGCUUGUGUUGAUACAAAUGGCCUCUGUGGCAAUCUGGCAGAUCCAUGUUAAUUAAAAUUAUUUUGAAUGCAAAGGCACUGGUAAUAUCAUACAUUACGGAUUGUUCUUUUCUGGGAAUAUAUUCAAUUUGUUA